CUAUCCGUUCUAUUACUGGCAAAACAGUAGUUUAGCGGGAUUGUGUGUUCACUGUGGAUAGUUUUCUCUAGCCAUGACAGCCCUUUCUCUUCGUCUUCCUUUGAUACCUCUAACUAACCUCAGAUUCUCUUCAUACACUAGAAAGCCUCUAACCAUUCUGUGUUCAUUUUCCACUUCACCAUCUGUAAUACCUUCCGACACCGCUGAAGACUUAUCUCCGCCGCCGCCGGCGAGGAGCAACAAAUGGGAGCCUUUCAUUAAAAAGAAAGUGGUGAUGCGGGUGGGAUACGUGGGUUCUGAUUAUCGAGGUCUUCUUUUUCUCCACGAGCUGUCCAAAAAGAAAUGUUUCAAGCUAAUAAUCACAAAUUUGUUCAAUUUUGUGGCAGGUUUGCAAAUGCAAAGAGAUGAACAUGAACUAUCCACCAUUGAAGGUGAACUGGAAAAAGCUAUCUUCAAAGCUGGAGGUAUUCGAGACAGUAAUUUUGGAAACUUAUAUAAAAUUGGUUGGGCGAGAAGUAGUCGAACAGAUAAAGGAGUUCAUUCAUUGUCGACCAUGAUAUCUCUUAAAAUGGAGAUCCCGGAAGAUGCAUGGCAGGAUGACCCAAAUGGGAUUUCUCUUGCUAAUUGUGUGAACUCAUAUCUCCCAGAGAACAUCAGAGUUUUCAGUAUCCUACCCUCAAAAAAGAGGUUUGAUGCCAGAAGGGAGUGUAAUGCACGCAAGUAUUCUUAUCUACUUCCUGCUGAAAUCAUCGGGAUAAAGAAUGGCUCAACUUCUUCUGAAAUUGAUUACCAUUUAUCCAAUUUUAAUGACAUAUUGAACUCUUUCGAGGGAGAGCAUCCUUUCCACAACUACACAAUACGAUCCAAGUACAGGAAACAUUCUCCUGCCAGAAAAUUGUUACAAUAUGAUUGUCUCUUAAAAAAAGGGAGACCCUCGACUGAGGACGAAAUAUCUGGGUGUGAGGAAAGCGAUGGAGAAGAAAACUGUAAAGAGAAGGGGGUUGUGACAACUGUUGAGGAUGAAAAUCAAAAUCCAGUAUGCAACUUAUCUACUAGAAAUCAGGCAGGCAACUAUAACGAGAAACUCAGUCAUUCAAAGGAACUAUAUUCUGCGUUACCAAUCCUAGCGAGAUGGCUCCAUGAAACUGAUGCAAGAGAUAAGCUUAGCUCUGCCCAUUUCCGAAGGAUUUUUCACUGUCAUUGUGGAAAGUUGGAGAAGUUGUUCAGCAUGAAUUAUGUUGAAGUUUCUAUCUGUGGAGAAUCAUUCAUGUUACAUCAAAUACGCAAAAUGGUGGGGACUGCAGUUGCAAUAAAACGCAAUCUUCUACCACCUGAUGUUUUGAGAAUGUCAUUAUGCAAAUUUUCAAGGAUUGUGUUACCCCUAGCCCCAUCAGAAGUUUUGGUUUUGAAGGGGAACAAUUUUGCUUUGAGAAACCAACCUGGCAACAUAACAAGACCUGAAAUGCUGACAUUACUGGAAUCAGAAGAUAUUAUCAAGGCAGUAGAUGAGUUCUAUUACUCCACAAUGUUACCUCAGCUGUCUAAAUUUUUGGACCCCUCAAAAUAUCCUUGGAGUGACUGGGUAGAGAUACUGGAUGCAAACACAAGGAUUCCAGAGUCCCAAUUGGAAGAAGUAAGGAUUUCUUGGAAAUUAUGGAAGGAACAGUAUGAAAGCAGAACUAAGGCUCCAUCAGUAUUGACUUAAGUGUGGUGUUUUAUUGAGUCCUUUCCCUAUCCUGGCUUGCUGGAGGUUGGGCCAGUUCAGGCCUGUGCAAAAUCAUUACACAUAUAUCUGCUAGAAGACCUAGAUCAGGUCUCCAUUUUGUAUCACAAUGAGAACUUCCUGCACAACUCCUUCAAUUGCAGUUUUUGAUGGAAUUAAUUGUAUUAUUCUGUUGGUUCAUGCUUCUCAUGUCCAAAGUCCAUUUAGGAAGCUUCUUCUGAUGGUUAUAUAGCUGGGACCUGAGAUGUGUCAACCAGCAUCCUAGAUGAAACCUCGGUUGUAAGAUGGAAAUUCUCAAGUUGGAGGCCACUCCAAGGAAAUCCGGUCUGGUUGUUCCAGGACAACAGAUAUCUCCUCCAAGGAGAAUGAUCCACCUUUUGGGCAUGUAGUAGAAAAAACAUGUCAAGUUGUCAACACACAUUCAAGAUUCCUGCCUGUUAGUUUUCUAUCUGUUGACACUAUAUAAGCAGUUAGUUAAUCACCAAUUGAAAUACAGGAGAUGCAAAGGCUGAAUCCCAGGCGGUCUCUUCUCGAUCUACUACUGCUUUUGUCAAUUUUUUUUUUGCAUGAAAAUGCUAUUAUCGUCGGCCCUUUAAAUCAGUUCUAUUAUCAUCCGCCUUGUUAAGCCUGGAACAGUGAGCUCUCCAUAUCGUAAUUUGUGUAUCAUGAUAGUCAACCACAUUUAGAAGUGUAAUAAGAAUUUCGUCUAGAUGGUAGUAGAGGAGUACUCUAGCAGAUAAUGUUAUUGCCAUUGAAAUGGAGUGCGGUUAAAGUUUUCUCAAGUUCUUUAUCAA